AUGUCUGGAGGGCCUAAUCCUGUGCUUAUUCCAGAGUUCUACAAAUUCAUCCAAGUCCACUUGCAGAACAUUUUGGAGGCAGAACUGAAGCAGGCACUGGUGUUCGAUGCUACCAUUGAAGCUAAGGCUUUCCAGAAAUUCCUGCCCAUGUUCGACCGAGUACUGGUGGAGAGGUUACCAACAGAUUACAAAUUCCUUUGGCUCACGUUUCAAACAGAAUGCCAAUGCAGAAUGUUCAAGGCCAUCGUGGUAGCUGUGGGACCUGGUGCCACCGACAUGACUGGAGCUAUAACGCCUGUCAGUGUGAAUGUUGGAGAGAAGGUUCUACUACCAGAAAAAGGAGGCACGAAGGUGGUUCUUGAUGAUAAGGACUAUUUCUUGUUCCGGGAUGCAGAAAUUCUAGGAAAAUAUCUUGAGUAAUUCCUGUUAGUGUCUGUUUAAACCACGUUUAUCAUCCCCGAGGAGUGGUAGUGUCUACUAUUUACUUUUUUUUGGUUUCUUUUCUAUGUUGUCAAUUGUCAGUAAUUAUGAUCAUACCUUGUUAUAUUAAUAAAGUGAA